GCAGAUAUUGGUGCCUGAUGCUUUCAUACUACUCAUGCCAAUUUCACAAGAAAUUGGAUACACGACACCUAUUGCUUCUUAUUCUGAUGCUUACCUUUGGGUUAUGUAUGCUAGUAUAAUUUGUGCUCACACGAUAUACUAUGAUUUAUGUUUACUCGUCCAUUUCCAACUGGUACGUAUCUUCUCAUUCAGAGGCGAUACUGCUAGCUGUGGACCAUGGCAUACCGACAAUUAGUGCCAGUCAGUUAUCAAGCAUCUGUCCGAUGUAGCAGACCG